GAUAGAACAGCUGAUUGAUAUACUAACAGAAUAAAGUAUUUUAAUAAAGGCGCUUUUUGAAAAAUUGUUUAGAAAAAUGUGUAAACAUUUCUGGGUAAAAUUAUUACCCUUAUAUUUUGCUAUUGGAAGUGUGAAUUGCGAUAAUCUAUCGGUUGACGCAGAAAAGACAUUGGUAUGGGGACCAGGGCUCAAGCCAGAUGAAGUUGUGCUCCCGGCACGUUAUUUCUUUAUACAUGCUGUAGAUAAAAAUGGGCGGAAGUUAAAUCACUUACCAGCCCAAAAAUUUGAAGUGCAUAUUAAAGGGAAGUCACCACAUGGGAAGUGUCGGUCAAUUGUUAAUUUAAUUGAUCGCGGCGAUGGAUCCUUAAUAGCACGUUAUACCAUUGCUGAUUGGUGUGAAAAAGUUAAAAUUGAAAUACGUUAUAAUGGCACACAAGUAGCGCAAUCACCAUAUUAUGUGAGAAAUAAAGUCUAUUCAGCACGUUGCUAUUGCCCUCAGGACCUUAAUAUUUGGUUACUUCACAACAAUUGCCCAGCAGCUUUAGAUGAUAAACAAAUCGAAUGGGAUUUGCAUUCUUUUAAACGUGUUAACUUUAGUGCCAUACGUGAAAAUCUUCUAAAGCGUUAUAAUUCACCAGAAGCUAUAUCAUUAUGCCAUUAUGUAGUUAAACAACAACAAAUUUGGCGACAAUGCUAUGGAAAAUAUACAGGUUUUAAAAUGUUUAUGGAUGCUACCUUGUUGGCAUUAGGAAGAGUAGCUUUACUUCCUGAUAUGGAAUUUUAUCUUAAUUUGGGAGAUUGGCCAUUGUCAAAAAAAGGUGGGCAACAACGUACCUCUGGACCAUAUCCUAUAUUUUCAUGGUGCGGAAGUGAUGAUUCGUAUGAUAUAACACUACCAACAUAUGAUAUAACUGAAUCUACCGUUGAAAAUAUGGGACGUGUCACUUUAGAUAUGCUUUCAGUGCAACGUCAGGAAUAUCCUUGGGAGACAAAAGAGGAAAAAGCUUUUUGGCGGGGCAGAGAUUCACGUCGUGAACGGCUUGAUUUAAUUGAUUUAGCUAGAAAACAUUCUGAAUAUAUAAAUGCGUCACUAACUAAUUUCUUUUUCUUUCCAAAAGAAGAAUCUAAAUAUGGUCCAAAAGUACCUCAUAUAUCUUUUAUGGAAUUUUUCAGAAAUAAAUAUCAAAUUAAUAUUGAUGGAUCAGUAGCUUCUUAUCGUUUUCCAUAUCUUUUGGCUGGAGAUGGUUUAGUUUUUAAACAAGAAUCACCCUACUAUGAACAUUUCUAUAGCAAAUUAGUUCCAUAUAAACAUUAUGUGCCAUUUAAGCGUGAUUUAAGUGAUCUAAUUGAUAAGAUUCAGUGGGCUAAAGAGAAUGACGGACGCGCGCGGGAAAUUGUCGCAGGAGCACGAGAAUUUGCAGAACAAAACUUAAUGCCACAAAAUAUUUAUUGCUAUCAUUUAGCUUUAUUUAAGGAAUGGAGCACUCGUCUAAUAUCACCAAUAGCUAUACUGCCAGGCAUGGAAAAAUUGGAGCAAACUUUCACUUGCUCAUGUAAAGAGCCGCCCAUUAAAGAUGAGUUAUAAUUUUUUAAUAUUAUUAUUCGCGUCGAUCCAGCCGAUGUACUCAUGUUUGUGCACAUUACUCUUGCAUAUGUUGUUUUCCUUUUGGUUUACUGACUAAGAGUUGAAUUUGAUUUAAUUCUAAUUCCGUGAUAUUUAUUUCUGAAUAUUUUUAUCUAAAAGCUUGAAAUAACACUUCAAAUCUAUUUAUCUAUUUAAUUUAAUUUUUUACGUGAAGUUUAUUUCUUACAAAUGGAAUCUCAUAUCAAUAGGUCAAUUUUAUAUUAUACUCUAUUUUGAAAUGCGUUUAUAU